AUGUCGUCGACUUUAACAAAGAACACUUCGACGUCCAUUGUGUUGAUAUCCGCGUCCUCGCCAGUUGGCCGUGACCAGAAGACGCAACCGAAUCUCGAUUUCUGUGAGAAUUGUCAAGAGGAAGGCACACGACAAAUGGAAGAAAUUCAGAUUCGAGAUGCAGCAAUUACCGAGCUAAGGGACGAAAUUGCACGGUUGCACAAGAUCAUCUCGUUUCUUCAGCGGUCUUCGAACACAUAG